GACUGUUAUUCAGACAAUCCAGUCGGAGUCGACAAAACUCACGUAAGCCAGCAAGUCCCCAAAGAUAUCUCAGGUCAUCUCACUUGGAAAAGUCAUGUAAGACAUAUAGCCUAGAAAAGUCAUAUAAGCUAGCCCAUGCCCACAAGAUAGUCAGCCGAGUCAGCACUUCCUAUCUAGAUAAGCCAGUCAGGCUGCCUUGGCCAGCUAGUCUACAGUCUUCAGCCAGACCAGUCAAGUCACACUUUCUGUCUCAUCCACAAAACCAAAUCUUGUUAUCCAAGCCAUUAAGGCUAAGAAAAUCAGUCAAGGCACCCAGACAUCGUCAUCUUAAAAGGUCAAUAAGUAUAGGCAAGACAGUCUUGGUAGCCAAGCCUCUAUUAGCCAAGACUUGUCAAUGUUACAGGGAAAAAUGCCUUGUUUGCAAAGCUACUUCUGAGACUUUGGUCCAUAUUUCUGAGUCAAAGAAGGAAAAUGCUGGAAAUCUUUUCAGUUCAAGUAAUAUGAAGAGUUUUACCAGGUCCUUUCAGAAGGUAGAUUCCAAGAAUGAUGUAUAUGGUGAUAAUGUGACAGACAGUGAUAUAAUGACUUAUGACA